CCGCCGUCGGCGGAGUGGGCGCACGCGCCGGGGGUCGCGCGGCUGCUGAGAAGGCCGAGCACGCGCGGAGGGAGUGGAGGCGUAGGGUGGUGGGAGUACGGCUUGCUCGCUCGCAAGAUGGCGGAUGAGGACGGGGAAGGGAUUCACCCCUCAGCCCCUCACAGGAACGGAGGUGGCGGCGGCGGCGGCGGCGGUGGGGGGUCUGGGCUCCACUGCGCCGGGAACGGCGGCGGGGGAGGCGGCGGCCCGCGGGUCGUGCGCAUCGUCAAGUCCGAGUCCGGCUACGGCUUCAACGUGCGGGGCCAAGUGAGCGAGGGCGGGCAACUGCGGAGCAUCAACGGGGAGCUGUACGCGCCGCUGCAGCAUGUGAGCGCCGUGCUGCCCGGGGGGGCGGCCGACCGGGCCGGGGUGCGCAAGGGGGACCGCAUUCUGGAGGUGAACGGCGUGAAUGUUGAGGGGGCGACACACAAGCAGGUGGUGGACCUGAUCCGAGCAGGCGAGAAGGAAUUGAUCUUGACAGUGUUAUCUGUACCUCCUCAUGAGGCAGAUAACCUAGAUCCCAGUGACGACUCGUUGGGACAGUCAUUUUAUGAUUACACAGAAAAGCAAGCAGUGCCCAUAUCGGUCCCCACAUACAAACAUGUGGAGCAGAAUGGUGAGAAGUUUGUGGUAUACAAUGUUUACAUGGCAGGGAGGCAGUUGUGUUCUAAGCGGUACCGGGAAUUUGCCAUCCUACACCAGAACCUGAAGAGAGAGUUUGCCAACUUUACAUUUCCCCGACUUCCAGGGAAGUGGCCAUUCUCUUUAUCAGAACAGCAAUUAGAUGCCCGACGUCGGGGGUUGGAAGAAUAUCUAGAGAAAGUGUGCUCAAUACGAGUCAUUGGUGAAAGUGACAUCAUGCAGGAAUUCCUAUCAGAAUCAGAUGAGAACUACAAUGGUGUGUCUGACGUAGAGCUGAGAGUAGCAUUACCAGAUGGAACAACAGUUACAGUCAGGGUUAAAAAGAACAGUACUACAGACCAAGUAUAUCAGGCUAUUGCAGCAAAGGUUGGCAUGGACAGUACGACAGUGAAUUACUUUGCCUUAUUUGAAGUGAUCAAUCAUUCCUUUGUACGUAAGCUGGCACCUAAUGAAUUUCCUCAUAAACUCUACGUACAGAAUUACACAUCAGCUGUGCCAGGCACCUGCCUAACCAUUCGAAAGUGGCUUUUUACGACAGAAGAAGAAAUCCUCUUAAAUGACAAUGACCUUGCUGUUACCUACUUCUUUCAUCAGGCUGUUGAUGAUGUGAAAAAAGGUUACAUCAAAGCAGAGGAAAAAUCCUACCAAUUACAGAAGCUGUAUGAACAAAGGAAAAUGGUCAUGUACCUCAACAUGCUAAGGACUUGUGAGGGCUACAAUGAAAUCAUCUUCCCCCACUGUGCCUGCGACUCCAGGAGAAAGGGGCAUGUUAUCACAGCCAUCAGCAUCACGCACUUUAAACUGCAUGCCUGCACUGAAGAAGGACAACUGGAGAACCAGGUAAUAGCAUUUGAAUGGGAUGAGAUGCAACGAUGGGAUACAGAUGAAGAAGGAAUGGCCUUCUGUUUUGAAUAUGCUCGAGGAGAGAAGAAGCCUCGAUGGGUUAAAAUCUUCACACCAUAUUUCAAUUACAUGCAUGAAUGCUUCGAGAGGGUGUUCUGCGAGCUCAAGUGGAGAAAAGAGAACAUUUUCCAGAUGGUGAGGUCACAGCAGAGGGAUGUGGCCACCUAGCCUUUCGUUACCCUCUUCCCUUCUCUUCACCCUCAUCCUCUUAUCCCUUUCGUCUCCCAUGUCAGACAGAGUAACCAUUAACACAAAAGAAGAGAAAAAGGAAAAAAGUCAUUAUAUUCAAAAGCCCUAAACUAAAUAUUAUUAAUAAUCCCUCUGAAUUUCAUGUCUCUGGAAUUGAGCUGGUAGAGAACAACAGAUGGGUCAGCACCAGGAGUCAACUGAGUUAAGACAGGAAAAAAAAAUAAGCCCAACCAACUCGCCAAAGGUAUCUUUGUCUUUUCACCUGGGCCUCAUACCAACAGACUCUCCUUGUACUAUAUUUUUAGAACUGGAACUAUGAACUCCAUCAUUUGCACUGUUCAGGCAUAUAUAUGUAUGUAUGUAAAAAUUAUAUAUACACAAAUUAGCUGCACGUAUAUACAUAUAUAUAUUUCUUUUUAAAUUUCAUAUUGAUGGCAGUACCUUUUUUAGCUUGUGUUUUUACACACCUUUCACUAGAAUUCAUGACUUCUCUCUUGCUCUCUUUAUUUUGAA